AUGUCUAUGGCAGGAUUAAGACAGCCGUCGGCUCUUGAAAGGUAUCAGUUGUGUCGUGUCAAGAAUGAGUACUAUCUGAAUUUCAACAUCACCGUCAAAUACCACGCAGGGCAACUUCAUGACCGUGUCUUGUUAUCCAAUGCGUUGAAAAACUUGGUCCAAAAACACCCGAUUCUCGGAUGCAACUAUUUCAGAACUAACGAAAACUUGGGCGAUGAGGACGAUUACAGAAACUACGUUGUGCGAGGAGUCGACAUUGACUACGAGGACUUGAUAUCGAAAAGACAGGGAGCAAUAGACGGAGAAUACUUUGAAUACUUGAACUCGAUCUUUUUCCAAAUUGACGUGAAUCAGCCGCUAUGGAAAUUGAUCGUGGUGGGGGAUUGUUUGACUAUUGUCUGCUGUCACGUUUUCCUUGACGGCAACGGGGGGGUUUUUUUCCAUCAGGAUCUCAUGGCUGAAAUCAACAACCUCGCUUCUUCGUCUUCUUCUUCUUCUUCCUCCUCGGCACCAUCAUCGUCGUUGUUGGUAUUUCAGCGUUUCAUAUCGAAAGCAGAUGAAAUCACCUCAGUUCCACCGCUGGUGGAAUCUUCUUCUCCACUAUACCGAGUCCCCUGGUGGUUUGCACUCAAAACCAUAGCCUCCCACUAUAUGCCGUGGUUCUCCGCUUCAGGUACGACGAAAUUCCCCUUGUUCAAAACCAAGCCCGUGUCAGCACAACACCAUACAAAGUACCGCGUGAUUCGGUUUGACAAACUGCAAACGGCUUCGAUCCUUUCCCACGUCAAGAAGCAAAAAUUGACUUUCACACCUUGGCUUAUAGCACAGGUGUUCACCCAAUUGCUGGCUUUGAAACCCAAUACAGCACUCAGCGCAUCAAUCCCAUUAAACGGAAGACGCUACUACCCGGAGCUUGACCGGUACCAAGUAUGCGUGGGAGCAACAGAGAUUAAGCUCGAUCCGCCAUUUCCACCACUGGACACUACAUCUACAGCAAAUCAAAUUUCCCAGCAGCUACGAGACGAUCUUGAAACACGAGUUCCCUUCUACAACGUGGGCAUGCUUCUACGAUUUAUGAACGUUUCGGGUUUUCUCAAGGACAAAAUCGGCAAGCAUGGCAGAGUCACGCUUGAAGUGAGCAAUGUUGGUAGAGUUAAAGGCGUCCGCGAGAUUUGGUUUGGACAAGAUAACGGGCUUCUGACCCACAUGCAAUUCGACGUUGCAAGUGGCGACGAUGCCAUGAAUAUAGUUGUCGCUUAUGUGGAUGAAGUUGCAAAUGACGUUGAGCGAAUGUUGCCCGCGUUGGAUGCUGAAUUUGACAAGAUUUUCAAGGAAUAG